AAGUUUUCAAUUUGCCGUUUGACAUCUGACACAACUGUGAACGGACUGCAUUUUCAGUGUUGCAAGAUGAACUUGAUUUAUUUCGGGGUUAUUACACUCGUGCUAUCAACAGCAACUGAGUUAUCGGCUGAAUGGAACUACGCUCCCAAUGAGAGACUAAAGGACGUGUUGAAUAACAAAGGAUUGGCAUCUAUGGUAGAGAAACUCACUACAUCAUAUUUCAUCGACAUCUGGAAACAACCCUUUCCACCAGCGACGAGUUACAUAAACGACACUUUGAUUAAAGCAAUAAAUUUCACAGAGAGGGAACGUUUUGCCGAUAAUGGAUACUUAAUGAAAUCGUUAUUAGCACUUUCUAUUGGUUUAAAUAACGUUAACAAAGUUAUGAAAGCCAUGACGGGCCUUCAAAACAAGCUUUCCAAAGUUGAAACGCUCCUUCGCAACACCCGGGACAUCCAGGUCAAAACAGGACAUGUUGAAUUAGUUCAAGAAAUCUAUGAUGAUAUCAUUGAAUAUUUGAACCUUUUUGACGAGGAUCGAAAUAAGAUUACAUUCACUUGGUAUAAACCUGUCAUCGGACAAGUUUUGAAUUCGACUUAUGUGUGGCUUGACAUGUAUCUCAAAAUGGAACAAUCUACGAAAAAAAUAUUUCGGUACAUGAAAAAACGCAUUCGGUACCUUCAGAAGGUGACGAAAACGGUUUUUAAAACGUAUGAUCGAGACGUCAAUAAAAUAGCUGGUGAUUGGAAGUCGAGCAUAUAUGGAUUGAGUCGAGCGUUGGAAAAGACGUAUGAUAAAGCAUUGGGAUAUGAUUAUAUAUACGGUACAAAUUAUAGUGCUUAUUAUGAAUACUAGGAUAAGGGGAGAUUUCUUUGGGACCACGGCGUACAUACAUCGUAAUAGAAAAACAGAUUUGGU